CGAUCUCAGCCGCUCUCCAACAAUGUGCAUAUAAUGCUUUCCAAGCAUCAUCGAGGCGCGGGCGCAAACUAGCUUCUCCUCCUGCCAUUUGUGUCUCGAUAUCCCCUUCAAUCGGCCUCUUGCAGGAAUUACUCCGGUCUGUACAGUAUACCAUGCUAUCUAUCCCACGAUCGUGUCACACCGACUGUACCAGCAACGGGUGAAGCGGACUGGAGAGCGGGGGGGCCUUUUAACUUGCAUUCGAUCAGACCUCUCCCGAAAAGUUACAAUGAAAGUGCGACGUGGGGAUAUCCUCUAUUACGUCACGCUGACAAUCACGCGGGACGGGACCACAAGAUACACCACGAUCCUCCUCGGCACCAAAACGACCGGGCCACAAGGCUCCAUCACGCAGACACCGACGCCGCCCGAGGAGACCGCUGCCGGGGGGGAAAGUCCGUCGGACUCCUCCUCAUCAGGAGGAAGGGACUCGGCACAAACCGCCCUCAUCGUGGUCGGCGUGCUCCUGGGCGUGGUGGUGAUCCUGGCGCUGGUUUGGUGGUGCUGCAUUCGGCCGUUUCGAAACCCGGUGAGUCCCGGGAGCUCGACUACAUACACGAGCUCGAGAUCCAGCACUCCGAGCAACAACCCGGAUAUUGUGCCGCCUAUGCGACCCCCGUCCCCGGUGUACCGGCCCGCACAGGAGCAGGAGAGAAAAGGAAGAAUAUACGAAAGGGGAGACUAGUCAGAGGUUUCUGCUGCAACCAGAUAGUAAAGCUAUAUUGGAGGCGGAACUCGGUGUGGAGGAGCGACAACAACGUUGAUGGCCUGCGGCAAGGGUACGUCCAGGCAUAUGGGGAUCAUGAGGCCCAGGAGAGCAUGGCGACGGAGUUUACGAAGGUUUGAUGUGACACGAUAUAUGUCAAGAAUGAAUACAUCAUGU